UUGUUUUUUUGUGUGUGAGAUAGAGAAAGAAAUAUGGCAUUAGAAGCUGUGGUCUUCCCUCAAGAAGACCCAUUAUUCAUCUAUGGUUGCAAGGAUACCAUUCAACAUCAGCUUCAAAACUCAGAUGGCAUUGUUUUCAACACAGACAAUUGGAAAACCCAAGAUGCUUACUUGGUCGGAAAAAUUAAUGUUCUUCCGGUGGUGGUUGCGGCGGCGCCUCCACGACGGCCAAAGAGGCGUAGAUUCAGAAGCAUGAAGAACAAAGAAGAAGCUGAGAAUCAGAGAAGGACACACAUUGUUGUUGAACGCAAUCGGAGGAAGCAAAUGAAUGACUAUCUCAACCUCCUCCGAUCCAUCAUGCCUUCCUCAUACUCCCAAUCAGGAGACCAAGCAUCCAUAAUUGGAGGAGCAAUCAAUUAUGUGAAGGAAUUGGAGCAACUCCUUCAAACCCUUGAAGCCAAAAAGAGAAUCAGUCAACAAUCAGCAGCAGAUACUAAUAAUACCAGUCUCUUUUCUGACUUCUUCACCUUCCCUCAGUACUCAACUUGGUCUAAUUCUCAUCAUGAAGAGUACCCAUUAAUUAAGGCCGAGAAGCGAUUUGUUAAUGUUGCUGAUGUGGAAGUCAGAAUGGUAGAAAAGCAUGCCAACAUCAAAAUAUUAUCAGAGAAGCAACCAAAGAGAUUGAUGAAGAUUAUUGGAGGGUUGCACUCUCAUGGCCUUACCAUUCUUCACCUUAAUGUCACAACUCUUCACAAGACUGUCCUCUACUGUGUCAAUGUCAAGGUCGAAGAUGAUUGUAAGCUGAAUUCAGUGAAUGAGAUUGCAGCUGCAGUGUAUGAGAUGGUGGGUGGUGUUCAUGAAGGCCAAGAGGAAGCCGAGUCUUAGUUGAAGUAUGUGGCCUUAGUUUCUUUCUCAUAUGUAAUAAUUAUUAGUUUAUUCUGAGCUUUGCAAUCAUGAAUGUGGAACCAAUACUUUAUUUGUUCAUGAGAAUGUUUUUUCAUUUUUGGGUUUUCCUUCCA